AUGAUAGAUGAUCGAGAAGAAUUUGAAGAAGCUAGAAUCUCUGGAAGAUCUAGUGAUACAAAAUCAAUAGGUAGCCUCAGUCAACAUUUCUUUGAAAGUGACGAAGACGAGAAAUAUUAUGGUACUUGUAAUGGUUAUGUUUCUCAGCCUGGCAGUAAAUCAAACUUAUUGCUAUGCAGUGAAUGUGAUCAGAAAACUCGUACCUGCACAUACAGACCACAAACACCUGGUUCUUAUAGUAGUAGAUACGUCGAGGAACGUUUUGACGAGCGACUUCAAGAACCAGGAACUUCUCGCACAUACAAAAGCCCAAUCCAUACAUCUUCUCCUCGGUUAGUAUAUCAUGAUCAAGAUUAUAGUGGUCAAUCAUCUUCACCUAGAUCAAUUUAUCGUGAUCAAGAAUAUCAAACUCGAAGAGGUUGGUCAAAGAAAUAUGAACAAGAAUUUGAUCGAAGAGAGUAUGAAGACAGAGAAUUAAAGCAGGAUGAUGACAGUCCUGUUUGUGAAGUUUGUCAUGGAAAUGGUCAUAUUGUUCAAUGUGAACAUUGCGAUUUUUCUAGCGAAGGUGAUUUAAUAUGUUUCCGAUGCCAGAGUGAUGAAGGUUCAUCAAAUGGUCAAAGUUGUCCUCGUUGUGAGAAAAAUGAAAGAAUACUAUCAAGUAGAUCGCAAAGAGGAACAUCAUCCAGCGAUGAAGGAAAAUACCCAGUAGAUGCUGUAGUAAAAAUACAAGUUAAUGAUCAUAUGAUUGAUGUAGAUUCAGAUGAGACACCUGAAAGUGACUUAUCAAGUAGUCAUCAUCAUCAAAGGAGUACAAUGGAACGAUUAGAUACUAUUGUUGAGGCAAAAGGAGACACUGCCAGUGAAAAUGACGAGGAAAAUGGGGGUACAAAGUUAAAUGGAACUAGUAGUGCAAGAUAUCUCAAUUAUAUGAUUGUACUGUUUCUGUAAAUAACAUGGUUAUGGUAGCUGCAGUUGAGCUAUGGAUUAUGUUGGUAAAUGGAGAGUGUUGUUUUGUUGAAGCUAUCAAUUAAAAAAUAAUUUUUAAUCUUCAUUAUAAACUAUUAUAAUACAUUUCUUAUUAAAAAUAUAAUAGUGUUAUGCUAUAUUGGAUUUAUAAACUAAAAUUAUAUAAUACAAAUCUAAUAUUUCCUUCA